CUCGCCAAGCACGCCAGAAAAUCCACAUCUCACGAACAAGCUGGGGCAAAGACAUGGGCAUCGCAUCAAGAACAUGGGCGCCGACUUCGACAAUCUUGACCCCUGCGGCUGGCCUCGCCGCGUGCGCUGAUAGGACGCAAAAGGCUCAAAUAGGCUUUCUUACGUUUUUCCAAUUCUUCUAGCGCCUUGGUACGGCCUUGGGAGACGAGCUCUAUGGCGGGGACAUGCCAUCUUGCGGUCAGCGGGGGCUUUAGCUCUAUUGGCACUUGAUAAGAGCCUGGGCGCCGAGACAUUUGCUCGUGGAGAUGUCAUUUGGGGCUGCUCGACGAUAGCCAUCGCAGAAUCCUGAAUGAGAAGGUGCUAAGACUUUGCACGGGCAGGAGGGGGCAUGCCGUGAGGGGGGGAGCCUCUCGAGAGGUAAAGCAGAAAGAAAAGUGCGACAGAGGAGAAAGGAGCUGGCGGGAAAGGAAUGCAGUUGUUGAGAUGAGAGUGAGUUGCGACUGAGUAGGAGACAAAGUUAAAGCGGGCAAGUCUCUGCAGAUGUAAACACAAAAUAUGAUGGAGUUCGGUAAAGACAUGACAGAAAGAUAUUGUCUGCCUAGACCAGUCCCAACUCAGUAAAUUCGCCAGUGCCACAGUGCCAGUGCUACUACUCUGGAGUAAUUCUACCUACCAGACUCGAUCCUCCCGUACAGUUAGCUGCAUGGAGCUACACUGCACUCCUGGUAGACCCAUUCCCAAUUGCCCGUACCGCAUUCCGUACCAGGCCACAGGACAAGGCUGACCGCGCUCAAGGGUCCCUACCCUGACUCUCCGGCCUUACUCUACUUAAAGAUCAGCUCUCCCCCCGCCAUCUUUCUAUCUUCUCCCCUCAACCCCUUGCACGUAUCACCAAGUCGAUUUGGACGUGUUGUUCGCGCGUUCUCUCAAGUCGAAGUUCAGACGUUCAACGCCAACGGAUCAAUCCGUUCCUACGUCACUAGUUCGUUCUAGUCGCAGCCGCCACGAUGUCGGGAAACGUCAACACAUAUUCCUCGGAGGGCUCUCCUGAGCGAAAGUACGAAGAGAAGGCCUAUGAUCCCAAUGUCGCAGGAACAGUGGGCGACGAUGAGCCGAUCGAUAACAACCACCAUCUUCACCGUAAUCUGAGCUCUCGCCAGAUUACUAUGAUUGCAAUCGGAGGUGCUAUCGGUACUGGUCUCAUUAUCGGCACUGGAAAGGCUCUCAAACAAUCCGGUCCAGCUCCUCUCUUCAUCGGCUACACUCUCGUCGGAUUUCUCUGCUUCCUGGUCAUGGCUGCGCUUGGAGAGAUGGCCGCAUGGCUCCCACUCCCAUCUGGUUUCACUGGAUAUGCCACUCGCUUCGUCGACCCUGCUCUUGGAUUCUGUUUAGGAUGGAACUACUGGUUCAAGUACAUCAUUGUCACACCAAACAAUCUGACUGCUGCAUCGCUCGUCCUCCAGUAUUGGGUUCCGCGUGACAAGGUCAACCCAGGAGCAUUUAUCGCCAUCUUCUUGGUAGCAAUCGUCAUCAUCAAUUACUUCGGUGUCCGCUUCUUCGGAGAGUUUGAAUUCUGGCUAUCUUCGAUCAAGGUCGUUGUUAUCCUAGGCUUGAUCCUCCUCAGUUUGAUCCUUGCCUGUGGCGGAGGUCCACAUGAUGCCACUGGCUUUCAGUACUGGAAAAAUCCCGGAGCUUUCAACACAUAUGUUUUGGACGGUGCCGCUGGUAGAUUUCUCGCUACAUGGGCCACUUUUACCACUGCAGUCUUCGCGUAUCUUGGAACCGAACUUGUUGGUGUCACUGUUGGAGAAGCAUCCAACCCACGCAAAGUCAUUCCUCGUGCUAUCAAGUUGACAUUCUACCGAAUUCUCUUGUUCUACGUUGUGCUUGUCUUCCUCCUCGGCAUGCUUGUCCCAUACAACUCUAAGGAACUUAAGGAUGCAAUCGCGAAGGGAGGAAACACGGCUACCGCCUCUCCAUUCGUCGUCGCCAUUAAGCUCGCCGGUAUCAAAACCCUGCCAGGUAUCCUCAAUGCCUGCAUCAUGCUCUUCGUCUUCUCUGCCGCAAACUCCGAUCUCUACAUCGCCUCCCGAACCCUCUUCGGACUCGCUCACGAAGGCAAGGCCCCCAAGUUCUUCACUCGCACCGACAGCCGUGGUGUCCCGAUCUAUGCCUUGGGACUUUCCGUUGCCUUCUGCCUCUUGGCUUUCCUCGGUGUCAAUACCGAUUCCUACAAAGUCUUCGGCUACUUCGUCAAUCUAGUUACCAUGUUCGGUCUUCUUACCUGGAUCUCGAUUCUCAUCGCCCACAUCUGUUUCGUCAAUGCUCGCAAGGCCCAAGGUAUUCCAGACACCGCACUCGCAUAUGUUGCACCUCUCGGCAAAUGGGGCUCAGUCGGUGCUCUUGCAUUCUCGAUCCUGAUCGCCUUCUUUAAGGGUUUCGGACUCUUCUGCUGGCGCAGACUCGGUGAGAAGAAGUUCGACACCGAUACUUUCGUCACAACCUACCUUGGUAUCCCUCUCUACUUCAUCAUGUUUUUCGGGUACAAGUUCUGGCACAAGACCAAGAUCAUCAAGUCCGAGGACGUGGAUCUUUACAGUGGAAAGGCCAGGAUCGAUCGUGAGGAACAGGAGUUCCUUGCUGCAGAGAUGGAGAAGAAGGGUGGACCCGAGACCAAAGCAGAGAAGAUCUAUCGCUAUACUCUUGGAUGGGCAUUCUAGAUCUUGGAUUGGAUUGGAUGGGACAAGACAUGCUCAUGUGCUACGCUGUCGUUACAUCAAUUAAACACUGCUUUUGGAAAAUCAUAAUCUACGAGAUAAUACAUUGAGAUGUGAAGAUAUGAAUAGACAAAGCUGCUCUGCAUAAUCACUAUAUCCCUAAUCCUGAAAUGAC